AGGAAGAAGCGGCAAGAAGACAGCGGCAGCAGCUAUAGAAACAAUGGCAGCGAACAGGAUCCUAAAAGGGGGAUUUUAAACUAUUUACAGCCUAAAUGUUUUUCAGGAGAAAUUUCCUCUCCUACCAACAUAGGACCUUUUGACUUGAAAAUGUGGGAAAUGGUCUGUAAUGCCCUACUAUGCAAUCCUAUACUUGUUUAUUCAGAAGUGAAUUUUGUUCUGUCUGUUGAGUCCUACUUCCUGUAAGCACACAUAGGAUUGCAGGCUCACAUCCGUUGGGUAUCCAACAAAGCCCACCCACAAAUUUACAUGAAGAUGCGUCAUUGAAAAGGACCCCAAAAGAACUUUUCAAAGUGCCCACCCUGCUUUCAAAUUCUAUCACUAGCCAACCUUCUAUUAGAGUGGCAUAAACAUCUACAGUGGUCUGAGCUGACCCUUUCCCUGUUACCAAGUACCUAGAGGCACUUUCCGUUCAUCAAGAGCUAGAGCAGCAGUUUCAAAUUCUCUGAUCCUGGCAGGUGAAGGGCAUCUGCGUUGAGAAACCAGCGUUGCCGAAAGCAAUCUGUCAUUGGCUCGGCUCUAUUGUCAUCUUUUCCAUCACUGCCCCUCAAACUGACACCUGUAAUUUUCCUUCAAACUCAAUGUGAAAAGGUUUUCUUCUUUUGAGUUAAUGAAAUAGAAUUCUACCAAUGGGAAUGGUGCUUCCAUGUCCUACUCUGACAUUUAACAUUUACCUUGCGACUUCCUUUGAGGGCGGAGCUAGGUUUUCGAGUGGGUAGAGGUCAGGGGGUUGCUUUUAUAUAUACUGCCCAAACUCCCUUUCCUCGGGAUUGCGGACAUCGCUUCUCUAUUGCUCCACAAGAGAUAACAACUCAACCAUGUUGAAAUCUGUCUCGGCCCUUUCGGCUUUAGUGCUGAUUCUGAUUAUACAAGAGGCAUCUGUUACUCCAGUUAUCCAGGAGCCCAGCAAGCUGUCAUGUGGCCUGCUCAAUGAAGAGUCAAGUGGGGAGCAAGGCAGAGAAGAAACAACUACUGUACCAAGCUUACAGUCAAGCGAGGAGCCCACUGUUCGCCCCACUGAAGUGACAAGCGGGGAAUUCAGUGGAGAAGCACAUACUGAACCAAGUCUAGAGCCCAGUGGGGAGCCCAGUGUUCAUCUGGCUGAAGAAUUCAGUGGGAAAGGAGAACCAACUCUGGAACCAAGCUCUGACUCAAGUGAAAAACAAACUGUACAGGCAACAGAUGAGCCAAACGAGGAAGUAAGUGAAGGAGCCAAAACCGUGGAACCAAGCCCACAGCCCAGUGGAGAUCCCAACAAAGAAUCUGCUGACAUUCCAUGUAUACUGCCAAGCGGAGAAGCACAUGAAGGUGCAAGCGGGGAGCCAGUCCUAGAACCAGCAUCGAGUGAAACUCCAACUGAGCCUUCCAAAGCAAAAAGCAGACUCCUGGAUAUCCUGAACCUUGGCUUCCUGGACCUGGGCGAUCUCCUAUAGAUAAAAUGUCAGAAUCAUGUGCAGCUUUAACGCCAAGAGCCUUAACACUAAUUUGUUGGGCUUCUCUUAAAGCUCAGUUGAUUCCUGGGGCUUCUUUUUUAACUUCAUAAUAAACUGCAACACGUCGGGCCUUUGAAGCAUGAUGCUGUGUUAAUUCUACUGUCGCUUCUCAUUCCCACUUUGUGUCAGCAAGGAUCUCCGAGUGCAGAGUGUAAAUGUAAAUACAAUGUUUAUUUCUUUCUGAGCUUAAAAUAAAAAGGAAGAACAUUAUCAAUU